AUGGCAAGCAGACUCUCUAUGGGCGCACUUGCAUUGGGCAGUGCCACUAUAAUCACCACAUACAUCAGUAGACAGUACCUCGACCGUGCUUGUCCAAGGAUACCUAUCGGCAAAGUAUCGCAAUUGAGCGCAUGUCGACAACUCAUCAACACGGCAUGUGACAGCUCAGAUUCUGGCGUGCCGAAACCAUGGGGAGGGGAAAAGUCAGGCCCGUUACCCUCGUGGUCAGAAGGCAAUUCGGGGGACAAGAAAAGCCGUUGGCUAUCAUCCUACGUUGCAGUUCAGGUGGACGUGCCAGUGGCGCUACUAGCAUCCUACACAAGUGAGGCUAGGAAAGGGGUAUCGACAAUGAGUGAAAUUGACCCGCGUAGCGCAGAUGGCAUGGCGCGAAAUUUGAUCGACGCCUUCCUCGACGCGCGUUCGCACGGUCCUGAUGGAUGGCUCAUAGACAGAAAGGUGCCUCCCAGAACUUAUAUGUCUGGGAGUCACUUGUUUGGAGAGUCAACUGGCCUUAGUGCCUUCAUGUUUGGCAGCUGGAGCUCUGGAUUGAAAACCGCAAUCCAGCCUUCUAUUUUGCCUUCGAGCGCACCUGUUCCGACCACUGUUUUUCCCUCUAACGAAACACUUCUUGCAUCCAAAAACUUAUCUCUACCCGAGUCAGCUGGCACGGUCAUAUAUUGGAAGUUCCCCUCUGGCGUGGUCAAUGCAUUCAACAGGGCGGCAUCUUACGGCUGGCCAUGGCGAGUAAUGGAAGGCGGUUGGCAGGAGUUCAUUGUGGAGAAGAUCUCAGAAGAGACGGCGAGAGUGACAUACCUCUCGCUGGAGUGCUCUGACUUGCAUCCUGGUGGCCAAACGCCAAGGGAUUUCAAAAGAAUGCCAUGGCUCGCUUACGAAGCUCACGUCCUUUACGCUCAGAGCCUUCUCCUCCGUACCGUUCGGCAGCUAAGGAAGGCAAAUUCGUCAUAG